GAGGGCGUGAACUCCUCUGCCAGCAACCGUGCUCAGUAAUGAAGAGCUCAGUCUGUUCAUACAUUACUGGGGAACUAACGUCCCGUCGCUCUCUCGCACUUUCAUUUACUGCAGGGCUUGGGGAUUAUGCAGCUGUAUCAUGCAGCAGGCUUCUAGCAAGCUGGGAAGAAUAUACAGUGUUGACGUCUGUCUUCCUUUGGCUGACACUUAACCUGCUUGAUCCACUUGGGGUUUCCUUCUAGCCUUGGAUGUUUAACCCCUUAACUAAGAAGCCAUCCUCCUUCAGCAUCCGAAGAGAAGUUGUCAUACAUCAGGUGCCUUUCUGAGGCCCAAAGGGUUAACCUAUGGCAGAGUAAAUGGAUAACGGUUUGGCAAAGCAAAGUCUUACCCAACUCCUGCACACACGGAGACUAGUUCAUCUGCCAGUAUUGUCUCGCUGCUUUGCACCGUUGCUAGAGUACACCAAAAAGAAAGUAAUGUGACUGCCCCAAGGACUCCAGACAGGUCUCCAGUUUAUAUACUGAAGCAAAUGCUUUCCUGGGUACUCCAAGACUCAAGAAUGAAAGGGAAAAGAAGAGUUUGCAUUCAGUGAUCCGACAAGAAUGAUUCGCCACAACCCACAUGUGAUAAAGAUGUGCAAAUCUAGGGGUUUUGCCAAGCAUCAAGCUGUCCACCCCUUUUGAGUUGCAUCAUGACGGGAGAGACAAAGCAUAUGUAUGCCAUCAGCACCAAGGAACCUAACUGCAAGGACUCUGAAAGAGGCUCAUCCUUUGAACAGUUCAACAAUAAUGAAACAGUGAUCUCUUCAACAAGCAGUGCAUCAGACAACUGUGGAAAUACCGUAUCUGGUUCAGGAAAUAAAGCACCUCAGUUAAAUGGAAGGGAAAAAGAGACCCAUAACCAGAGGGAAGCUAUAAUAAGACCACAACAAGCAGGAAAGAUUGAUUUCAAAUUAUUGCACAACAGACCAAAAUUUUCUAGUGAUGCUUCAUGGCCUAACAGUAGAAGCAACCCACUUUCUCCCACAGGAAAGAGUCGGGGAAAAGACAAAGCAAAACGAUCUGGAAAGGGAGAUCGCACUCAGCACCAACUAUGCAGACUUAAUAUUACAAAUUCAAGAUCAAAUCCUACCAUUGGAAUUGCCUACCCUCAGCAAAAGGUAACACCACCUAAAAAAAUUGAAGUUAAUCAAGGAUCUGUCUCAGGAAGUUAUCGCUUCCAUGUCCCUAGUGUUCCUGAGAGGGAGACGGAACUACAGCAGAAGGACCUUAGCUUCAAUCGGUGUUUCCAGGAGUCUAGUCCAAGCCUUACCUCCACCAGUUAUACCUCAGCUUCAGCUUCUAGGGGUCACCCCGGAUUAAAACUUCAGCCACCGCUGGGCAACCCCCAUGAAACUUCCAGCUCUAAUGUUCAGCUUCAUUUUUUAGAAUUCCAACAAAAUGGAAACUCCUGGAAUUCAUCGGAAAAAAACUUUCCAGGAGCAAAUAGCUAUGGUGUCUCAAAUCAAAAACUCUGUACAUUUCCUGAGGGCAAGAAGUCAGACCCUCAUUGCUUUGGAUCCAUGCAGUAUCAGUAUCCAUAUCAGGUGCUGCAGGAAGCAGUUGGUAAUACAUUCUGCAACAAUGCAGGUGGCCAGGACUUUGCAGAUGUCUCACUGUCAGUAAACCAGUUGGCACACAAUGCGUUUUCAUUCCAGUCAUCAAGAGAAGGACCAGAUGAUCCACAAAGUAACGGGCCUUACAACGGUGUAGACAGCAGGACAUAUGUUCUUCCUUCUCCACAAACUUCGUUUUUACAUGCACAGCAGGAUACUCAACAUUCUCCAACGCCUCCAUGUUACACAGGGAGGAAUGAACAUAACAGUGAUCACAAUGGUGCUAUUUCUUCAUCUGGUGCUAUAACUUCUUCUGGUGCUAUAGAUCAAACCCAAAGAACUUUUCAAGAAAAUCAAUCUGUAUUUAAUCAUGAUGACUUAAGUUUACAUGGUAAUGGUAAGCCAACAUUAGGCAACAAAAGGCAGCCUCCAUCAAAAGACUUUGCGACCAGUCAAAGACUUCUGACUUCAGGAAAUGCACUACGAAGGAAUAUGCCACAGGAUUCUUUAAAUCAAGUGCACUUCCCUAGUAAAGUCUACAACAAUGGAAACACAGGAUCUGCACCUUUUGAUAAAAGCAUUUCCAGAUUACCUCAGACUUGGGAUGCAGGAAGUAAAACUUUCCCACCUAUGGACCAAAAUUCUGUGUCUUUUGCAAAUUCUUCUGGAAAGCUUGUACCCUACCAAUGCCAAUCUAGUCCUGAUCAGAGACAGCAUUUAAAACCUGAUAGGAUUCCAUGGCAACAAGUUCAUCUUAUGUCUCCAAAUCGUAUGGAGUUGCAAAGGCAAACUGGAAACCAAAAACUUCUAUAUCCUACUUCUACUCCUGAGUGGGGCAAUAACAAUAUAAAGCAAAAGAUUCCAGUAGAGUAUCACACAAAAAAGAACCUAACAGUAGAGGGGAUCUCUGCACAGAGAACUGAUGGUGUUAGACAAAGCUACAGCUUAGGCAAUGUUGUAAUGUAUGACAGUGUGAAAGAAGCAGGUCCGCAAGUAUGUGAUUCAAGAAACAAAGGUGUGCUGUUUGGAAUAAACCAGCAGGUACAACACGUGCCAUCUACAAAAAAGAAUAGCAACCAAUCAGUGAAUUUAGCAGCAGCAUCUCCCUGUCAAUCUCCACUUCCUUCACCUGUUACUAAUCCAAUCUCUGGAAGCACCUGUUCAUCUCUUUCUCCUAUGUCUAGUAGUCCUGUAAAUCCCAGUUCUGACGAGAGUCACAAAUCAACACUUACCUUUCCACCUUAUUUCCACCAACCAUGCCUUUCAGCAGAAGGAAAACCUUUCCAUCUCACAGAAUCUUUAAAUUCUAGUUCUCUUAUGUACCACCCACCAGAGGCUAUGAAACAAUUUAGUUAUUUAACAGAGGUCUCCAAGGAUGAACAUCUGUUUAAAAAUACACAUGAAAGUCAAUACACCAAACAAAGUAAUGGUUCCAGCAAAGUUUGUAUGGACAACUUUGAAAUUGAACCUCCUCCACCCCCUCCUUACUCUUCUCACCACUUGUUAGCCAAUUCACUUAGCAGUGCAAAUUUAGACCAGUUGGAUGUCCUCCUUACAUGUAAACAGUGUGAUCAGAAUUACAGCAAUUUGUCUUCUUUUCUUGAGCAUCGCCAGUAUUGUAGCAUGAAUUCUCAAACUGAUCUGAAGGAUUCUUUACAGGCCACUGAGCUCAGAAAACAAAUUGUGGACCCCUUAAAGGCAACUCACACUACUUCUGGGCUCUCUAAAGGUCCACUUGAGAUUCAUCAACAUCUAAUUGGUUUCAACAAAGCAGUUGAUUAUUUUCUUGAUAGUGAUGCCAAAGAGGAUAACAAGGAUGAUUCAAUGAAAGCUAAUACAUUCCACAGCUUAACAUCAAAUAUGCCUUUACCAGCUUGUGAUACAUUAGAAAUGGAUGAUGCCAAACUUGAUAGUCUAAUCACCGAAGCAUUAAAUGGAUUAGUGUUUCAAGCAGACAAUGCAGAAAUAGACAGCAGUUUCAUUGAUGUUUUUGCUGAUGAUGACCCUUCUACACCUAAGGCAAUGGGAUGCAGUCAGACCUUUAAAGUAAAAGAAUCUAUAGAACACAAAAGAAAGCAUAUAAGUGUAGAAGAAAAGCAAGGUCAAACUAAACAGACCCAAUACAUCUAUGAGGAUAAUUCAGACAUAGAACAUUCAUGUAACCCCAGGAAUAAAAUAAAGAGGCACAGUGAACAGAAAAAUGCAGAAAUUGAACCAAUUACCCCAUACUACUUUGAAACAGAGAAAACAGAUGUUGUAAAAAAUAACCCACAAAUGCUGGAAGAAUAUGAACUGGUCAAGCAAGGUAAAGAUGAAGAAGCUUUUAAGUCAGAACUAAAAAGGAAAAUAAGUAUGAAUAAAAAUGAUCAAGACAUUCUGUAUGACAACAAAAAGAACCAUGAUUCUCAACGAGGGAGAAACAGAAAAGCAUCUUUGCCUGAUUUUUCCAAUAAGGAAGUAAAGAAAAAGAAAUCAUACAAUGGAACAUGGAGUAAAGAGUUAAUUCAUAAAAUUGUACAGCAGAAAAACAAGCUGCAUAAGCUUCAUGUGAAAAACAAUAAAAAUGGACAGUUUUCUUUAGUAACAGAAAGACAUUUUCCUGCAACUAAAAGUCAUCCUUUUGGGGAAUACGACUAUAUUUCAGAUUCAGAGGAUGACACUUUCAUCUCUUCUUUACCAGGAAAGAGAACACCAAAUGGCAAACUAAAAUAUACUUUCAAUCGUGACCAUCAUGGAAGAGAAGGAAGGACAAAAGGCAAAGAACCUGUUUGGAGGGUGGGAGAGGCCACACGAUUUCAGUUAAAAAACAAAGAUUUGAGAAAUAUGAAGAAAGACAUUAAUAGGAUUAGGAGAAGAAGCAGUCAGUCUUCAACUAGCAGUGACCAAAGCACAAGUAAUUCAAGUGAAACAGGUUCAAGUCCAAAGAGCACUGAAAGAACUGAUUCUGAAUUUGAGCAGGAUGCAUUACUAAGUCAUGAUGGUGUGAAUGUAUCCAACCAGAAUAUAGUUAUAAAACCUCUAUGCAAAGAAUCUUUACCAAAGACAAUGAAAUCUCAAAUGGACUUUCCCAAAGGGACCAAAAAGUUUGGAUCUGCUAAGUUUCUACUUGCAGGCUCCAAGGUUUAUCAAACAAAGUUAAGUAAUUCAACAAAUUUUGAAGAUAAAAGCAAUUUACAGCAAAAUGAUGAAAAGGAAUACUCCAAUGAAAUUAACUCUGUGAAAAGCGCAGACAGUCAAUAUUUCAAGAAAUCAGCUGAUGAAGAAGAAAGAGUAAGCUCUUUUCACAAGGCUGUUGUUGCCAGCACCCUAUCACAAGGCAUCUAUCAUUCAGACCUGAUACUGAAUGCAAAUAAUGUACCACAGCAACGUUCUUUUCAAAAAGAUUCCAUUCACUUCCAAGAAGCAGAGCUCAAGGAUUCCACUUGUCUUUCUACAGAAUUUAAUCCUGCCAUGAGCAUGAGUUUUUCUGAUGCUAAUGUAAAUUAUAUGAAAGAAGUACUGCAUAGUGAUCACAAAGACUUUGCUAUAGCUGGAGGAUGUUACAGUGCAGAUCCAGUAGAGCUUAUCUCAACAACAAAAAAUCAAGAGGCCUAUACCCAUCACAGUCAACAAUUCCCUGAGCCUACUGUCUUGCCAAGUUUUUAUGAUAACAACAUUUUUGGUAAAACUCAGAGCCUUGCGCCCCAAAUAGGUCAAGUAUAUGUAAACCAAAUUUCUCACAAAAGCAACAAUGAACAAUUUGAGCAUAAGUCUUCAAAUUCAACAUCCUUUCCUUCAAAAAACAACGAUGAGAAUAAGUUAUCAUCUACACUUUCAUUUGAUUCACCAUCAUUAUUUGGCGAGUUACCUUUGGCAGAUUUUGAAUCCCCAUUGUACACCAAUGUUCAGCCUACAAAAGAUAGCUAUGUUGAUUUUGCAUGCGCUGAUGAUCAAAUAAGAAAAUCAACAGGCUUUGAGCAGCAGUAUCCCCAGUUUUUGCAAGAAAAGAGCUGGGACAUAACUGAAGAAGCCUCCACAAUAUUAUCUAACAACAUAGCUCAUUUUCAAGUAUUAGAUAGUCAAGAUGCUGAGAAAUAUGAUGAAGUAUCUGGGUCAUCAAGGCCAGUUUCCCUGGCUUUAUCAGAAACAAUUACCGAUUUUAAUACAGCAUUUAUAAGUAACAUAUCAGAAGAUGAAUUGGAAAUCAAAAGGUUAGUUACGGAACUUGAAAGCCAGCUUCAGACUAACAAACUUCACAGCGAGACAGCUUCUCAAAUGUGCUUAAAGAAUUCAAUCAGCUUUGAACUUCCAGAAUCUUCUGUCCCAUUUCAAAAUAUGGUGGUAAAUUCACUUGAAAUUCAAAGAAAGAAUAUGUAUUUUGAGGACAGUAAGGCAAACAACAAUGUAAUUAAUUGUUCUGGAACUACUGUCAGCAUGAAAACUAACCUUCAGGAUUGUCAGUCACUUAAAAAGGUUGAAGAAAGACAUGGGAAUCCCAAGAGUCCUUGGACCUGCUCAAUACAGUUUGAUGCAUUUAAUUCCACAAACCAGUGUCUUGAACCAACAAAGACACAAGAUUCUUUUAGUUCAACAGACAAUUGUAGUCAGUAUCAUUUACCACUAAAUGUAGGGGUACAAGAAGAACUAAAUUCUCUGCCUAACACACUUAUUACACCCACUGCUGUGCCUGAUGCAUCCUUGCCUAACACCUGCAAUCAAGAGGAUCAAAGUUUUUCUGAAAAUGAUAUGAGAAAAACUAUGACCUCAGCUGAUCAGAUUUCUGAAAAUAGUGACAAUCAAACUAAAAAAAUUGAUGCCAUACAGAACAACUCUGGUCAAGAGCUUUCUAACAAGCAGCAGCUAGAUGACAACUUUGAUGAUCCACCAGAACUGGAACCGUUUCACAGUGGUCCUGAAUUAAAUUCUACAUUUCAUCUGCAAAAUAAUAAUGCACCUGUAUUAGAUAUAACAAACACUCCAGAGCACAAGGCAAUUUUAUCUGACGAGAGACUACCCAGUUCAUUAUUUGGAUCUGAUAGUCCUGUGUCAACAGCUCAAUUAGGAUGCAAUGAAAACAGCCUGUGUAGGAAAGAACAGUCUCCAGAUUCUGUCAACUGCAGAAAACAAUUAAAUAUUGAAAAGGCACACCAAAGCAACUUGCUUCUCCUUGACAUGCCAGUUCUGGUAAAGGAAGAAAGUGCAGUUUCUGAAAAGUUACCAGUUGUUCAAGAAUCAACAGAUAACCCAUUGCAACAGCUCCAAUUAUUUGUUGCAAGGACUGCCAAAACUAAUGAGGAAGAAAUGCUGAUACCAUGCUUUCCAUUGUUGUUACCUACACCCUCCCAUUCUGGUUCUCAGUUAGAAAUGGAAAGUGAUUCCAUCUACAUUGCUGAAAACACAAAAAUAAAUUCUGUAGAGGCUUCUGAGGCCUGCAUUGUGGCAGCUGAGCUAAAAGAAACACCUGAUGUGUCAGAAACAAAGAAACAUUCCGCUAUUGAACAGCUCCAUGCAAUGGACAGUGAGAGACCAUGUCCUGAAAUACUUUACCAGUCAUUAAGCGGUACAACACUUAAAGAAGUUGAUUCAUGUCAUGAUUUAGAGAAUAAAUGUUCAGACAUUGAUGUUGUUGAGGUUGUAAAGGAGUGUAUGUCACAAGACCACAUAGACAAGGGCCUCGGUAAUAGAACUGAAAACCAGAUAAGAGAGCCACAAAAGGUAGAUGAUCAGAAUCCAUGUGACACAAAUGAAAGCAAAGCAGCAUUGAAACACAAUGAACAAAUAGAUUCUGACUCUUUCAGCCUUAUAUCUGAAGCUGGUGCUUUCACAGUUUCUUCAGAGAAUGCAGCUACUUCAGUAAGCAAUAUAGAAAAACAUUCUCACCCUGGCUCCCAACAUGAAGAAUUUGCACUGCCUUAUACAAUAAAUACAGAUGUAAAUAAACUGUGUAAUGAUGCAAAGAAUCUUGAAAUACGCAAGGCUUCCAAAGAAACCUCUGUUUUUUUAAGCCCAGAAAGUCACCUGCAGGAUAUGAAUAUGGUGAAAGAAAAAGAUAUUUUCAUGGAAAAUGAUGAAAUCAGCAAGGGUACCACUACAGAGUUCAAUAAAAAAUCAGAUGAUUCUCUUUAUGUUGGUGAAACAUCUGCUCACUUUCCCUUGCAUCACGGUCAUCUGAAAGCAUUGCAAGAAGGCAGUCUGGAAUUUCACAUUCAGCUUCAAGACAUUAAUGAUUCAGCAGUAAAUCCACAGCUAAACUUUGACACCUUCCCUCAUCUUCCUGUGGAUGCUUCUGAACAAAUGGCUUUCUCAACAACAGAUAAUGAUCCAUGCACUAAUGAAGACACUACAGUAUCACAAAGCAUACCAAAGUGUCAAGUAGAGGGUGAAACCCAUUCUUAUGAUGCAAAAGCACAUACAGUUGAAGGGACGGAUGCACUUCUUUAUCCAAAUAAAAAUAGAUAUGUGGACUCGUCUUUGAAGAUUUGCCAAACAGAACCAACAAAACUUAAAGACUUAAUUUCACCAGUCUCUAAAGAAAAUGUACCUUCAUGCUUCUGCCCUGAACUUUUAUGCUCUAACUAUAAAGAACACCAGGCUAAUCCUGUUGCAGAUAUUUUGCUCAGCUGUCAUUCCGUGCCUGCCAGUGAUGGCUAUCCAAUUUAUACCGAAGCUGGUAACAAUAAGCCAUAUUCAGCCCUCCAGACCCAACUUUUUACAGAAGACUUAGAAAUCAUUAGAGAAUCUUCAAUGUGUGGUAAGAAGGAUGAAAACAUUACAUGUAACUGGAGCAAUACAACUGAAAAUAGCCACAUAAACUGUGAAUUACAGUGUGUAGACAGAGAAGCACCUUUGACAUGCGACCUGAUGGACAUUGCCGAAUCAGAGUUUUCAGGCUUAAGAAAUCAUGAAGCUGAUGCAAGAAUAAUUCAGUCUUCCAAAGAACCACCAAUUACUGAAAAUAUUAGUACAGCUGUUGAAUCUGAAAGAAAAUGCGCCACUGAUAUGGACUCUGUAAUAUUGCGUAUUUUGGAUUGUGAUAAGAGCAAAGAAAUAUUAGAAAGCAUUGGCAUCCCAUCAAGAAAUGGUCAAAUUAAAGACAAGAAGUCAACUGGAAUGUCACUGACAUGCAAUAUAUGUUCCAUAUCUUUUAAAUCAAAAACAGGAUUGACAAGGCACAAAGCUGUUAAGCAUAACACAAAAAAUGAUGGGCCAGCCAUACUGCACAAAGAAAUUCCAGUAAGUGAGACCAAUUCUACAAUACAUAAUUGGGGACAUGAAGACAAAGUUUUACAAAAAACCUCCAAAGCCUUAAGACAGCAAACAUGCAACACUGACUCUAUUUCUCAUAAUCCAUUCAUAGAAACCCUAAACCAAGAAUGUGGCCUUCCACAUCCAUACUUGGUCUCCAGUAACAGCACUUUAUCAGCAAAACCAAAAGGGGAAAAAAAGAUUAAAGGCCAGUCUGAUGGCCCUAAUAGUUUGGAAGAUGCCUGCAAAAAGAAACUUAAUGGCAAGGUAAAAAAGAGAAAAUCUAAAUUACUUGUGAACAAAUGCACCGAUUCUCAGGUACCCUCUGAUGAUAUUUUGAACAUGCUCAAAACAAAUCUUUUAAAGGCAAUAGGUCAAACAAGUAGUUUUUCUUCUACUGAAGGCAAAAAUGCAUGGAACCAGCCUUCAAAGAAUGACAAGCAGCAAGUGGAAAAUGGUAUUGAAAAUAGUUUGGCAGAACCAUAUACUUCCAAAACUUUUUCUGCUGAGGCAGAUGAGGUGAUGAGGAUUGCUAUAGAUCUUGAAAAAAAUGGAUCAGUUUUACUUGGUGAACAGAUAUGGGAAAAAGAUGCUAAUGAACAACCUGAGCAGGUAGGAAAUGUUGUAUGUGAUACAGAGCCUGUUAAAAGCAUACCAUUAAAUGAAGAAACACAGUUUAAUGAAGAGUCAUCAAAAAAUGACUUAGAUAUGUGUUUAGAGAAAGAUAUUAAAGAUAUAGAUUAUUCUAAAAAAGUCACGCUGGAAUCUGAUGCAUCAAAGGAAGCAGAUCAAGACCUACAUAGCUUGUUUGAUGAUGAUAACACAUUUUCCCAACUUUUUCCAAGAGAUGAUCAUUUUAUCAGAAGAAAGUGUACCCGAGUCUAUGGAAAGAAGGCUAAAAGACAGACACCUCCCUUUGAACCAGACAUUAAAAGUGUACCAGAAUCAACCCAUACUUCUCAUGUUACAAACUACACAUAUAAUUAUAGAAAUAUUGCCAUGGAUUCAACAUUAAUUUCUGAUGGCAACCCUAGUAUAACUGCAGAGCCUCAUGCAGAUCACACCAGUCCAGUGAAAAUAGGAUCUGAUAUGGAUGAAAUAAGAAUGAUGCCAAUAUCUCCAAAUCAUUUGCUGGAAAAUAAUCAUAUGCCUUUGCUGACUAGGGAAAGCCAAAAGGUAACAGAUGGAACUGUAAGCUUUGAGGACAACCUGUUUAAUUCGGCUGGAGGAUCUAAAGGUUCAUUUACACCAAUAAGAGAUUUGGAUGAGGACUAUAAUAGCAAAAUGUCAGAGGAUACAAGUCUCCCAGAGUUUCCUACGAUUGAUAUGAAGAUGCUUAGUGCAAAGUUUGACAUGAGUGAAUUGUCUUUUUUUAGUGCUUGUGGGGAUGAUUCUGAGCAAUCUGACUUGGAUACUCCAGAUAUACCAAAUAAUGAAGAUCAACAGAAAAGAUAUUCCAAAAGUAGGAUUGGUGAUAAAAAACAGGCACGACGUGGCAAUGUGAAUAUCAAAACCAAGGAUAAGCAAUACAAAUGUAAAGUUUGUUUUCAGUGGUUUCUAACAUUGGGUGAACUGGAUUUCCAUAAACUGACUCAUAAUCCAUCACCUCCACCUACUUGCUACAUGUGUGUUCAGAGAAAGUUUAGUUCCCGAGAACAAUUACGAGACCACCUAAAAGAUAAACAUGCAAAAAAUAAAGCUGGCCUUUGGAUCUGUGGAAUGUGUUUCAAAGAAAUCUCAGAUGUUUGGAUGUACAAUGAACACUUACGGGAACAUGCAACACAGUUUGCCAGGAAAGGCCAGGCACAGAAAUCUGUGAUGGGGAUACCUGGCUGUUUUUCUGAAGACAGUAUGGUUAGGACAUUUCUAAGUACCUUCAUUUAUAGAACACCCAGUAAACCAUCAAAAACACCUGAUGGGGAGGACAAAAGUCCAUCAGUCAAAAACCAAAACCAAUCAGAGCAUAAAGAUGAUGAUGAUGACCUUGUGGUGGAGAAAGAACCAAUGAGGAGUAACCAAAAUAUUUCACCCACUCCAGUUCACGUAAAGCUCUCAGUCACUGCUCCUUUGGAAACUACACAAAAAAAUGAGCCAGUUCAAAAAAAUGCAUCAAUUCACCCCCAUUGCAAGGAUCCUUCCAGAGAUUGCCAUCAUUGUGGGAAACAAUUUCCAAAGCCAUUUAAGCUACAGAGACACUUAGUGGUUCAUAGUUUGCAGAAAAUAUAUUUAUGCCAUAGAUGCCCCAAUUCUUACCAAGAGGUGCAAGACUUAAGGAGUCAUCUUAACAGCAAGCAUCAAUUGUCUGAAGAAGGGACUGAAAUAAAGCACACUACCCUUUAUGCAUGUGAAUUAUGUGCGGAUGUCAUGCAUGUGAUAAAGAAAUCCUUUAUUUGUAGCACAUGCAACUACACAUUUUCUAAGAAAGAGCAGUAUGAUAGGCACAUGGAAAAGCAUUUAAAUGGAGGCAGUAUGAUCUUUAAGUUUAGGGGAGUGAUGAGACCAGCCACUUUGGGAAAGGACGUUAGAGAAAAAAGAAAAGAAGCUUUUACAAAUGAAAACAUGUCACCUAACAAAAAACAAAAACUUCUUAAUGAAAGUGAACCAGACACACCUCCUGCAUUAACCUGUUUUAAUGUUAAAAGCAACGGAGGUCAGCCUCCUUACGUUGAUUUGGCCCUCUCAUCCCAAUUAACAUUAAACACAGAUAAAAGCAAUAAAAGUGAAAAUGAACAAGACAUUGCAGUGAAAAUAGAGGAUUUGCAGACUGAUAUACCAACAAUCAAUGAAGAAAAAAUUAUAGAUGACAUAACACUAGCCGCAUUGUGCAUGUCACCUGUUGUUGAUGAUCUCAUUAAAGCUGAUGAAGACAAAGGAGACAAAGGGGAAGAUAUUUCAAUGGAAAUGAUGAAAAGGUUAGGUGCUGAAAUGGCCUCUUCCAGUGAGACUACAAAAUGUAAUAAAUCCAUUUUGUAUGAUGUAGAGGAUUACAGCACAGAACCACCAAUUUUAAAGGUAGCAAGUCCAAAAAUAAAGAAAAAGUUAAUAUCCUCUAAACACAUGGAAGAGACAGCUGAUGUCCCAGAAUUAGGAUGCCAACAGACUGGCACAAAUGAUGUGUUUUGCCAAUUACUGUCCAAGGAAACUGCUGAAUUGUCUACAACAAACAAAGAUAUGUCUGCAGAAGACAACUCACAGAGUGAAAUUAUAAAGACUGGCAAAGAAGAUACCAUUAAAUCAGUUCCAACGGAUGAGGCAGACAUAUCUGGUUUGCUUCCCAAAGAAGAGGCAGUGGUUCCUGAAGUAAACCUUUCUUUAAAAGAUUCCAGAAGCCUUAAAAAGAAUAGAUCAGUCAGCCAUGCUAGCAAGACCGUCAGUCAAAUGGGCGUUACAGCUGUUUGUGAAGAAGAUGCAAUAAAGAGUUCAGUAAAGCAAUGUACACCAAAAGCAAAAAAUUUAACUGAAACAUCUUUUGCUAAAAAAGAAACAAUCCUAUUAAAACAUGCAAGUGUGGAUACGAUCAAAUCUUCUGACAAAAUAAUACAAACUGUGCCCUACAAGAUGCACCCAAAGAGCCGCAAAGAGCACAAGAUAACUGGUACUAAGGCAUGCUCUGGCUCCCAGGAGAAUUUCUCUGUAGAUGGUAAAACAAAAAAGAUGAAACAACUAGGCACUGUGAAGACUGAGACUUCUGGAAAUUUAAAGAAACAAGAGUGGACAAAUGGUCUUUCAGCAAAUUCAGAGACUAAAGAUGAGGCUCUGUUAAAUCGCCACCAUUCCAAGCCAAACUCAGGCGGCCCCAACAGCCAGUUUAAAAAACCUACGAUUGAUGCCCACAACCAGAAAAAACAGAACUCUAAGUUGAGCAAUGGGGAAUACAAAAGCAAAAAUGCACUUAUGCCAAAAACUUUACACCCAUUUGCUUCAAAAAGCUCUGUUUCUUCUACAAAUAGUGUUUCGAAUAGGCGCAGACUGGGCCAAAACACAAAACCCACUGAGCCAUUAAACUACAGGACUGCUGAAUCACAGAACAAUUUGUUAAGUCAGCUAUUUGGACAAAAGCUUACUAGCUUUAAAAUUCCUCUUAGAAGAGACGUAACAGAAUAAGACUGUUCAAAGUAGCACGGUUGACAAAAAGAGAAAUAACUUGGACUCUAAAGAACAGGAACAUUUCAUUUUUUAAACUUUUCUUUUUCUCAAUCGAGCUUAGCAAAACUUGCACUGCAGUGUGUAUGUAAAAUAGUUUCCUUUAUGUUCUAGAAUAUACUUCAGCGCAGCUGGUUUGUCAUGCAACUUUGUUAUGGAUUUACAUUUCUAAUCAUCGAACUGCUUUGGAUAGUCACAAAUCCCCAGUUUCCUGAUGUUUUCUGGACUUUUCUUUAGUACUUUAAUAAGCUGCUGAGGUUAUAGGCUUCUUCCAAAAAAUCCUUUCUAUGUCAUUUCAUUUGUUCUGCACAAGUUAAUAUUUCUAGCUCCUAAGCUCUUUUAGGAUAGGAAAGACAACAAGUCAUUGGAUUAUAUUCAUGGUGUAUAAGUGGCACACUAUUGAGCAAAUCUAAGAUUUAUUUAAUAAGCCACAGGUCACAUUAACUUCCAGGUGAUUUCAACAUGAAAACUGAGGCAUCCAAACGGCAGAUGGAACUAUAAAGUAAAUGAAUGUAUGAGGAUUAUAAUGGCUGCCCUUGCUUGUCAGACAAUGGCAUAAACCCAAUAAUAUUAUGGAUACUGUAGCAAAUCAAGUAAUUAUUUUAAAAGAGCUAAGUGCUAUCACUGGUGGUAUUAGUAACUUUGGCAUUUCCCAACUGGUUUUGUCCCAUUCUGGUUGCCUUUAGCAAACAUUAGGUAGGUGACAUUUACUUGUCUGCUGUUUUAAACAAACAUUUGAUUGGUUGCUAUGGGUAGCAAUAACAAUGUUACUUCCUGGAGCACCUGUUAUUACAUUACCCUAUUGGAACACUUAUUAAUCAAAGGGUGAAUAGACAGUUCACAUAGUUGUCAUAAAAUAAUACUACUUCACUUUCCUACUUUUUUAAAAAUGCAUUUAGAAAAUGAUGUGAUCUGUUUAAUAUUCCUUGGGUACCAAUGUUCAACAUAAUGUUCUCCAGUACCUGCUGAUCUACAAUUCCACCAUUUCAAUACUGAAAUCUCUUAUUCCUAAGCAACUGAAGGAUACCAGGAUGGACAUUCCUAAUAUAACAGCACCUUUAUCUAGACAGAGGCUCUGCCAUGUCUAAAUGUUUAAUAAUCAGCAUAUACCAUUUUAUCAGAUAUGUAACGCUGCUUUUUAGUUUUUAGGUCAGGGAUGGGUAACAUGUAGCCCUCUAGGUGUUGAUGAAAUACAGCUCUUUGAAACCCUAUCAGCCUUCAGGAGGCCAUAUGUUGCCCAACCCGCAUAAGUGCAUACCUUGCUCUGACUGGUUCAGUCAUUGCCCAAACACACUGUAGCAAUAAUUGUAUCUUAAACAAAUGUUAUAUGUUUCACUGGGAAGGUCGCAAAUAUAUGCAUAUGUACCCUACAUUGGAUUCACUAUAUGUUAGGAUGUUCCCUUAUAUAUAUAUAUAUAUAUAUAUAUAUAUAUACCUAUAAACAGGACCAGCACACCAUUUCACAGCAAUUCUUCUAUUUAUUCAUUCACCGUGCGUUCCAAUGUUUUGGUCCCUCCUGGGGAUUAGAACAUCCAGCCUCUCCUUCCAGCCUUAAUUUGGAGGCUGCAGGGGUUUAUAAUUGUACAGCAGUGAGUAGGCCAUAGGCUGGAUAUCCCUGAAACAGUGCAGCCCUCAGAAAAAGUACUAGCAAUAAGGCAAGUGGAACAGUAUGCACUUGCACUAUACAGGCAGGGUGAAAGCAGGAAAUAUUGACUCUAACCUGUACGUAGGAGUUUUUCGUGCACUCACCAACACUGGACUGAUGUGGUAUCCCACAAAUACAGAUGCUUCUGGUUCCAUAUACAGUUCUUAACAGAUAAUGCAUAUUACCCAGUUGAGAAUAUACACUCCAGUGUUUGUAUUAUUACUAUUGUUAUUAUUAUAAUUAUUAGUUUAGCUAAGCCUGUUUUGGGUUUUGUUCAUUAAUGUAUAGUUCAGGCCAACCUUAUAUUUCCUACUGUGUAUUGUUCCCUUUAUAUAAUAUCUGUGACCACUGUAAAUAACCUGAAGGUAUCAGUAUUGUAAAACACUGCAUAAUAUAACAGAGAAACUGUGCAAUUUCAGCUGCUUGUAACCCAUUAACCCCCUCACCGCUACUUAAGCCCGUGACACUGACUAGUUUAAACCUUUCAUUGGUUUACCCACACUCCUGAGUUUGAAGGACUUAACAUACAAUACAAUAAUAUAACUUGCUUGACAAUCUUACUGUAAUGCUCCCAGAAUACUUUGCUUUAGAAACUAUGGUGCUAUUUGUUCAUAGAUCAAGUAAUGUGAAAAGAGACUGAAAUUUUCAUUGUCCAGUGCCGGUACAGUGUUAAAAUCACUCCACACUCUAUCUGACUUUCUUUUGUUUUUUUACUUAAGAAUAUAUAAAUAUAUAAAUAUAAUAUGUCAGAGAUGGGAACUCAGGUGCAAUGUACAUUCACCCUGAUUCUACAGAACACCUCUAUCCAACAUGAGCAUACAAGGCACUGAUGUAGCAUCAGAGGCAGGAGUACUGUGCACAGAUCCUAAGUAACAUAAAACGCAAAGCUUCCUCCUGUUAAUAUGUAUCAUUAAAAUGCAUUUUUAUUGUAUAAAAAAUAUUCUACUUACUUGGUGCAAUGCAUAUUUCUAAAGAUUUUAUUUUGAUAUUUUUUGUCCAUAAAGCAGAAAGAGCAUAAUGCCUUUUUAUAUUGUAAUUUUGUAUGGCUUAAAAUGCCUCUUUAUAAAUGUUUAAUUAAAAUAUGAGAUACUUUU